GAGGAGGCGGAGCCUAUGGGCUUUGGGCGCGAGCGGUCGAAAGGCAGUUGGUGAGGGUUCGGUUGCUUGAUCCGGUCCAGUAGCCCCAGCUCACUCCCAUGGCUGACUCUGAGGAGUUUCGGGCUUCUUCGCCGCCGCCGCCGCCUCCCUCAUCUCCGUCGUCAGGCGCCUCUUCGUCGUCCCUCAGCAUGCCAGUGAGUUUGGGCUGGCGGGAUCCGAGCAGGAGUCCCGGUCCAACCGUGGACCCGCUGGAGCAAGUGGAGCUGCAGAUCGGAGACGCGGCGUUUUCAUUAACUAAACUUCUGGAAGCCACGUCUGCGGUAUCAGCUCAAGUGGAAGAACUUGCCCUGAAAUGUACAGAAAAUGCACGCUUCCUUAAGACGUGGCGCGACCUCCUGAAAGAAGGCUAUGAUUCCCUGAAACCCGACAACUGACUUGCCGAUGUAGUCGCGUAAAGCCUUGCACAGGACCUAUUUGCACGUAGAGCACAUGGACGCGGCUGCCUGUCUCCAGGCAUUUAGACUGAGAAUGGGACUUUUCUUGGUAUUCUCGACUUGGUGAAAGCAGAAUACUGGGCUCUUUUAUUUGCUUGUGUGUUUUCUCUGAUAUGGCAGUAUUUUACCUUAGAUGCUUUCUGCCCUCUAAGCUUUUGUCGACUCCUUUAUGAGAGCUCAUUCCAUCCGUAAGUAAUGUCGCAAUAGUGCCUCCCUGCACCCAGGUCAUCAUUUGUUUUGUGAGAAGAUGACAAGAAUGCUUGAGUUGGGAGUUGAGCGCGGUGUGUCUCCUAAGGCGGGCGAUGAGGAUUUCGGGUGCGUGGUCCAGCUCCACAGGACACCUAUUGGAAAACUGGCGGUGGCCCUUACUUACUUCCUUAUCCCAGUGCCCACAGCCAGGUCACAACACUCACUGUCUGUGAAUGAGACUCGAUGAGUUAAUUAAAGCUACUUUUGACUCCUGUCUUUUAGGAUGAAGACUGUUUCUCUAAGAAAACUGUAUGAAUCUAAGCUUCAUUGACUUGAAGGAAAAAUUCUCUCUUUCAUUCUCUCUAUUUUAAUGGGAAGCUGACAUUUUUUUCUGUCUUGAAGCAGUCUUCCUGGGAAGCCCAGGCUCCUGUCUUAGGGGCCAGGACUACUGGUACGCAAGACAGUUUUGAAUUUUGAUGAUGAUCUUCAAAUACAUUUUUUUGCCGGGUGUUGGUGGCUCACACCUUUAAUCCCAGCACUCGGGAGGCAGAGGCAGGCAGAUUUCUGAGUUUGAGGCCAGCCUGGUCUACAGAGUGAGUUCCAGGACAGCCAGGGCUACACAGAGAAACCCUGUCUUGAACCCCCCCCCCCCAAAAUAUAUAUAUUUUCUCAUUCUACGAGUCCAUUUUUAAAAAGCUUUUACUUCAUAAAAUGAAAACUUUUAUAGAAUAAUACAUGUUUUUCUAUUUUUAUAGUUAACUACUCCCAUAGUUAAUAUUUCUCUUGUUGUUGGUGUUCUAUAUAUGUUCAGUUGCUGUGUUUGAAAUACCUUAUCUAAUUUAUGGCUGUAUGCUAGCUACUACUUAGUGGAGUUUUGCAAGUUAUUUACAGAAUUCUAAUGUUGGUUUCCUGUCAGACGAGGAUAGUUUAAGGCCCCACCUUAUCUGUACUGUGUUUUCUGUCCAUCUGUCCAUCUGUCUUCAAGCCAUGGACUACCUUGAUGCACAAGACCUUGAAGUAUUGAUGUGAUGUCUGUGUAGAUAUGUUGAUGUGAAUAGAACUCUAUUCUGAAGUCUCACUGGGGAGCUAUGAUGGGGACAAAUGGAUGGACAAAGACUAGUUUCGACAUAGUCAUAGUUAGUGAUUUUUUUUUUCUUUAAAUUAAGCUCACACAACACAUAUAGUGUGAUUUCUAUACCAAAGGAUGCUUAUUUCUGUAUAAGAGAAAUACUUAUAUAUUCUGAAAAUGCAAUUUAAAAAUUUAUAAAAAUAAAUAUUACAAGUAAA